GGGUUUGCUUUGGGGGGGUGGGAAGAGGAGGGUUUCUGAGUGCUCCUGGGGAUUAGUGACUACAGAGCGAUGGAGGAGCUGGUGGCUGGUGUGGAGAGGAUCGGGUUUGAUGUGGAGGCUGAUGUGGAGCAGCAGCAAGAAGUCCAGCUCCUACCCUUCCCAGGUCCUCUGUGCAGGUACGAACACACACGGAGGGCGAUGUGUGUCAACUACCUCGCUGGCUUCUGCCCUGAUGGACCCAAAUGCAAAUUUAUGCACCUCAAGGCCAGGCUGAUGAUGCACAGCACAGAUCCAGCGAAGGGAGCAGAGUGUCCUCAGAAGCCAGGACCUGCUGCCAGGGGGGAGAGUGGAUGCGAAGAUGUGUUACCUGCAGAGCCCCUGCUGCAAGUCACCAGCACCACCCUGUCCCUGGCGGUGCAGCCCAGGAACCCCGGCAAUGGUCCCCCCAUCCUACAGUGCCCACCAGAACCAGGCAUCUGCUUCAAGUGCAGACAGAAAGGUCACUAUGUUGGCAAGUGUGGGAAGAAUCAAAUGGAAAUCCUGCUGAGGAAAUGAGUGCUCUCGCAGGGAAAGCAGAAGGAAGACACAGGGAGGUGUACAACAUGAUGGAGCCAGACAGGCCACUAGGACAGCUUCUGGACUAGAAAAGCCUGUUGGCUUUGCUCAGCACUUGCUCUUACAGCUAUUUGUCCAAACAGCAAAAGAGAUAUCACACCUUCCUUAAUGGGAUUCUUCACUGUUCCCACAGCAGUCACUGCCUCCGUCCCCUCCUGCACAGCUGGCAGGUGGCUCCACUUGGACUAGUGCAGCAGGGAGAUGACAUCAGAAGAUUACCAGCCCGCAGGUCUGAAGGGGAGUGGGAAUGGCUUGUGCCUGGGUCAGAGGGAAGUGGGGGUGUGCUGGUCACCUUGGAAACAGGCAAGAAAUCACAAUGUUUAAGAAUGCACGGAACCAACCAGGAAAGAAAAAGUCACAAGGAUUUUAUUGCUGGUAAGAAAGGAGUUCUUCGUGAAACGCCUCUGACACAGUAAUCCUGCACCUCACUUAGAAUAAAGAGUUCACUUUU